ACAAUGACGUUGCUCAGUGUCUACUAGCAGUCUGUUCUGCUGGGCGCUCCUCGCUUUCCUUCAGAGAGCCGCUUUUCUAAACUCAGCCCCCGGAAACCAUGUCCGAGCAGGCCUCGGGACCCACCCAGCCGCCUCAACAAGACGGGGUUCUGCAGCAGCGCGCGGCCGAGCAGGAGCAGGAUCGAGCUGACUUCCUGCAGCUCAAACAACAGCUGGAGAUGGAGUUCAACCAGAAGCGGGCCAAGUUUAAGGAACUCUAUCUUUCUAAAGAAGAGGAGCUGAAGAGGCAGGCUGCUGUACUGGAGAAGGCCCAGGCAGAGCUGAGCAGUGUGCAGACGCAGCUGGAGGAGGCUAAAGCAGAGAUGGAGACCAUCAAAGCGGUGGCCACUGUCUCUGAGAGCACAAAGCAGGAAGCCAUCGACCAGGUCAAGCAGCAGUGGCAGGAGGAGGUGGCAUCACUGCAGGCUAUUAUGAAAGAUGCAGAGCGGGAAGUUAAGUUGCAGUUCCAGCAGAAGCUGGAGCAGGAGCGCGCUCAUUGGACACAGUACCGCGAUGGGAUGGAGCGAGAGGUGGCUGAGCUCCGCCGCCGUCUCUCUGAGGGACAGGAGGAGGAGAACUUGGAGAACGAUAUGAAGAAGGCUCAGGAGGAUGCAGAGAAGCUACGCUCGGUGGUGAUGCCAAUGGAGAGUGAGAUUGCAGCGCUGAAGGCCAAACUGUCAAGCUCAGAAGAUCGAGUUAAGGAACUCGAGGCAGCGAAGGUGAAGGAGCUCAAUCACGUCCUGAAGGCUGAGAAAUCAUGCCGUACAGACUUGGAGAUGUAUGUUGCCGUCCUCAACACCCAGAAAUCUGUCCUUCAAGAAGACGCAGAGAAACUUCGGAAAGAACUACAUGAAGAGGAGCUGAAGAGGCAGGCUGCUGUACUGGAGAAGGCCCAGGCAGAGCUGAGCAGUGUGCAGACGCAGCUGGAGGAGGCUAAAGCAGAGAUGGAGACCAUCAAAGCGGUGGCCACUGUCUCUGAGAGCACAAAGCAGGAAGCCAUCGACCAGGUCAAGCAGCAGUGGCAGGAGGAGGUGGCAUCACUGCAGGCUAUUAUGAAAGAUGCAGAGCGGGAAGUUAAGUUGCAGUUCCAGCAGAAGCUGGAGCAGGAGCGCGCUCAUUGGACACAGUACCGCGAUGGGAUGGAGCGAGAGGUGGCUGAGCUCCGCCGCCGUCUCUCUGAGGGACAGGAGGAGGAGAACUUGGAGAACGAUAUGAAGAAGGCUCAGGAGGAUGCAGAGAAGCUACGCUCGGUGGUGAUGCCAAUGGAGAGUGAGAUUGCAGCGCUGAAGGCCAAACUGUCAAGCUCAGAAGAUCGAGUUAAGGAACUCGAGGCAGCGAAGGUGAAGGAGCUCAAUCACGUCCUGAAGGCUGAGAAAUCAUGCCGUACAGACUUGGAGAUGUAUGUUGCCGUCCUCAACACCCAGAAAUCUGUCCUUCAAGAAGACGCAGAGAAACUUCGGAAAGAACUACAUGAAGUUCAGGAAGAGGAUGAGAAGGAAAGAUUGAGCCAGGCUAAAGAGGCCAGUGAGGAUGAUGGGACGGAGCAUGCAGAAGCAGUGGAAGACUUUCUGUUCGGACUCUCCAUAGAAGAGUCCCACCUCAGCCAGAGCAUCCACAGCUCUUUACACUCUCUGGACGCAGACACCCCGGGCCGCCCGGACGGCUCUGACCCUUAUAAGGAUGGGCUUCGGAGGGUGCAGUCCACCGACAGCCUGGGUUCUUCAGGAGGGGCCCUACAGCCUCACGGGCUCGGAGGACACAACAACAAGGCCAAGUCAGCCAGCCAGCUGGACGAGUCUGACUUUGGUCCUCUAGUGGGGGCAGACUGUGGGGGCUUUGACAGCAGGGACACCUCCUCCAUAUCCUCCCUCCAGCCAGGACACUUUCUCCUCACCAAGGACCAGGAGAAGGCCAUUAAGGCCAUGACCCCAGAGCAGGAGGAAACAGCAUCACUUCUGUCCAGCAUCUCUCAUACUGCUGAUACGGCUUACCUGCCUCCAUCUGGCUACCGACUGGUCAGCGAGAGCGAGUGGAAUCUGCUGCAGCAACAGUUGAAGAACGCUGGAAGGAAGUUGGGGCGGCGAUGUGAUAUGUGCUCUAAUUAUGAAAAACAGCUGCAGGUCAUUCAGGGACAAGAGGCCGAGACACGAGAUCAGGUUAAAAAGCUUCAGGCCAUGUUGCGGCAGUCGAACGAUCAGCUUGAGCGGAUGAUGAAUGAGAGACAGGAGUUAGAGGACUCUGUCAAACAGGCCAAUGAGGAAACUACUGCCAAGGAACUUCAGAAGCUGGUGUUGCAGUACAGGGAGGACAUUAUUUCUGCGCACACAGCUGCAGAGCAUUUGGAGGAGAAGCUGAAGGCUGAAAUUCUGUUCUUGAAGGAGCAGAUUCAGGCAGAGCAGUGUCUCAAAGAGAACCUGGAGGACACUCUACAGCUGGAGAUAGAGGGCUGUAAAGAAGAGAUCGCAUCUUUUUCCAGCUUGAAAACGGAACUGGAAAGAGUGAAGAGUGAGAAGGAACAGCUGGAGAGCAGCUUGGCAGAGAAGAGCCAGAUGCUGGAGAGUGUCCAGGGCCUGAAGAACAGGCUGGAGGAACAGUUAAAAGAUGCCCUCGGCAGCAAGAGUGCUUUGGAGACUCAGGUGUUUGAAGAGAAAGACAAGGCGCAGAGACUUCAGACAGAGCUGGAUGUCAGCGAGCAGGUCCAGAGAGAUUUCGUCAAGCUGUCCCAGACCCUUCAGGUAAACACAUUUCACUAG